AUGCAAUACAGAAUUCCUUCUGACGUAAGAAUAAAAAAAAAAAGAACAAAAAGUAGAAUGUAUAUUGUGUUAAAAGCAAUGACUAGGAAACUUACUCUCUGUUUCUUGAAAGCUGAAGUGGAAACUAAAACAAGAAAAAUUUUAGUAGCCAGUGCAGCUGUUAAAAUUCCAACUAAGACACCAUGGACAAGCAGUGCUUCAAAAUCUGUUUAUUCAAGAGCCAUUGGACCACCAAUGGGAAUGGACACUAUAACAGUGCCUUACAUGGGAAAGUCUCCAUUCUUUCCAAAAUUUGUUGAUCCUAAAAUGAUGAUUUCGAAAAAGACUGACCUAUUGAGCAAUUUAUUUGGAGGUUUAGGACCAGCAUAUCCUCCAGGCUUUAAACCAUACAUGCCAUACGGUGCUAGUGGACCAUCUUUAUACAGUGCUGCUGAUGCGACACAAAUGUUCAAUGCUAUGAGCAAAAACAGCGCAGAUGAGGGCAAUGGACCAUACAAACGUGGAAUUUUUGGACCGUUCAGCGCUAAACCUUUUAGUCCUAUGGGUUCUAAAUUUGGACCAAUGUCUAAAUAUUCAGGCUUCAAUACUAUACCUGAUUACAGUAUGGAAAAUGAAUUCUCCCGUAAAAGGAGAAGCAUAGACGAAUCUCCUGUAGCGAAACUCCGAUCAAUUAUGGAUGCCGGCAUACCAGAAACAAAGAAUUUUGGACCUCCGCCACCUUAUCCAACUCUUGCUCCAAUUUCUGAAGAACCAGAAGAUGAAGUUAACGUAUUGCUUAAAAAAAUGGGAGGUGGAACAGCACCAAAACAAUAUUUACCAGGAAUGUUUGGACCUUUCGGACCCGUGGUUGAUCCAUCGAUGUUUAUGGCAAAAAAGUCCGCUUUCUUGGAUACACUGUUUAAAAAUCUUGCUACUAGUACCACUCCGUCACCAGCAGAUAUGGUAACCGCAACUUCUACAGAAAAAAGUACCAUCGUUCCACCGGAUUUUUGGUUUCCAACGUCAAUAAUUCCAACUCCAACUGAAUAUAAUGACAAGGUGGAACAAUUCUUGGAUAAAUUAUUUGAGACUUUGAAGAUCAACAAAACCGCGGCAUCGAGCGAAGACGAAAGUGCAUUUAAAAAUGACUUUACAAGAUCUGCCACGUUCGAUGAAGACAUCGUACAAUCAAAGAUUGCUAGAUCCGCUGAAGAUUUAUCAUCGAUCAACGCAGCUAAAGAUACAAUUGUUGACACUAUUCUAGCCGAACUGGGUGACCUGAAGAGUAACAUGGUAACAACAAUGAACGAUUUGAUCAGCUAUGAAAAAACUGCAUCGCCGACGUCGUCAAAGAAGCCUUUUAAAUCAUUCGGGCCAGGUAUGUGGCCAGGUAUGAAACCUGCUCCAAAUGGGAUGCUUCCCUUUCAACAGAAGAUGGCUAUCCUAAGUCGAGUAUUUGAUAUGUUAACGGAUCUGCAAAAGAACAUUACUUCAGCAAUACAAAAUGUAGUAAAAGCAAAAAUCAGUUCUGUUGCACCUCAAGGAUCAGGAACCUAUCCGUCUAUGUUGAAUGAUUUUACCACGCCUGUUAAUAUCAGUCUUUUGGAUGCUAUUAAACAAAGACUGGACUCACUUGAUUACGGAAUGCCUAUGGCUUAUAAUCCAAGUUUCAGUCAAUUUGAAUCAAAAAUGGCUAGAUCAUUGUCAAAGGGCCCGUCAUCAUUCUGGGGGUCUUAUCCUGAAGAUUCAGCUAAUAUAAAACGACAAGUUGAUAGCGAUACCGAAUCUUUGAUAAGUAAAAAUGCUAACUUUGAUCAAAAGCAACAGGCACGUUCAGUGAAAAUGCAAAUGCAUCAAGGAUAUCAAAGUUUACCAGCUGGUGCUAUAGAGUCUGUACAAGCAGGAGGUGGAUCGGUUCCUGGUCAUCAAGGCGGAGGAAUUAAAUUAUUCGAUGCCAAUAAUUACGACGACACCAAUCAAUGGGUCAACUGGAUGGAAUAUCUGAAAAAUGACUAUCAUGGGCACAGGCAUCACAAUCAUCAUUAGGCUAUUGAUCGAGCAGGAAUAUUUCCAUCAAUUGUAAUUACAAACUUCUAUCUUUAAACUGACUAUUUUUCGUAUACUAUAUGUCACGUGUACACUUAAUAAUAUUUCAAUAAAGUGAGUUUUGCAACAUA